GCAGGCUGCUUUCUCAGGAGCGUGUGCGCGUGCUUUCCUUUGUGUCACUUCAAGAAGGGCUCUGAUAUUAUUAUUACUUUAAAUAUAGCUUGCCCCGGGGCGGGGAAACGCACAAGGAAAGAGCCGGCGAGCAGCCUAUCUCUCAGAAGAAAAGAGCAAGCCUCGCAGCACAGGAACUGGCUUCACUCAAGUGUGCAGUUUAGAAGUCAAAAAACUAUUUGAAAUACCACCGUUGUGGAGGAGGCUGAAGAAAAAAAGACACAGAACUGGCUAAACGCAGCGAAGAAUAUUGUAAACCAGGGUGCAAAGUGCAUCUGUUUGCGGUUUGAAAGUGGGCUCUGAAGUGCAAUGUAAGUCUUCCUUAAAUUGUAUUCUUUUAUAACAAUAUCUAGUUGUUUAAUUUCCAUUCUGAAGCCAUGCUGGGCCAAAAGGUACAAUUAGCUACAAAAAUCAGCAUGGAACAGAAUGUGUAGUCUCUGAUAUGAGGCUGAAAAUGGUUCUGAAAUACAACAGAAGACAGAGACUAUCAGCCAUAUUAUGGAAGAUGCACUAUAAAUAAGAGCAUAUUUAAUUAUUUCAAGAAAAAAGAUGCUGGAUGGAAUCAUUAAUCAACUUUCUUAAUAGAGAAGCAAGAGCUUUGCUGUUUAAUACAGCAAGAUAUUUUAAUACUGCUGUGUUUAAAAUUGUGUGAUAGCAGUUACCAAUAGCAAUAAGAUGUAGCUCCAGAGGGGAGUCCUAGUGGUUGCAAAAGUUUUAUGUCUUUUAUUUCUCCAACAUUUUUGCUCUCUGAAGCCUCAAGUCCACAUUCUGUAUCCUACAGCCUGGUUUUACUUUUCAGCUGGAUUUUCAAUAUAUGCUAACACUGGACUUCCUCUGGAACUGAAAACAGAACAUUUCAGCUUUUGGAGUUAUUCUGGUAUGUUUUUCUGCAUCGCACCAGUGGCAAAAAUACAAUUGACAAAAGAUUGUGCACCCUCAACUUCUGGCAUGGAGAGCUGAGGAAUAUAAUGCCCAAUGGUGGCAAAGGGUGAUAAUUUCCUGUUUUUCGCAAUUUAUCUCUGUGGUUUUGGACUUAGCAAUGGAUAUUCUUUGUGAUGGAGAGACCUCUGUGAACCCAACUGCAAACUCCUUCAUACAAAUAAACCAUGAGAGAAGAUUCUACAGAAAUGUUUAUGGAGCUGGAGAAAUUAAUAUAUCACAUCUCUGCAACUUGACUGUGAACUCUGACAACCUAACCAAUCUUUCAUGUGAAAGUAACAUGAGCCCACCGUGCUGCCCUUCACAGAAAAACUGGCCAGCUUUGCUGACAGUGAUAGUGAUUGUUUUAACCAUUGCUGGAAAUAUUCUCGUCAUCAUGGCUGUUUCACUGGAGAAAAAACUACAGAAUGCCACUAAUUAUUUUCUAAUGUCACUUGCAAUAGCUGAUAUGCUGCUGGGUUUCCUUGUCAUGCCUGUGUCCAUGUUAACCAUACUGUAUGGAUACGAAUGGCCUCUGCCCAGGAAGCUGUGUGCCAUUUGGAUCUACCUGGACGUGCUGUUCUCCACAGCAUCCAUCAUGCACCUCUGUGCCAUCUCGCUGGAUCGCUACAUUGCCAUCCGGAACCCCAUCCACCACAGCCGCUUCAACUCCAGAACCAAGGCUUUUGCCAAAAUCAUUGCUGUUUGGACCAUAUCAGUUGGUAUUUCCAUGCCUGUACCUGUCUUUGGACUACAAGACGACUCCAAAGUAUUUAAGAAGGACAUGUUUAAGAAAGACAUCUGCUUACUUGCAGAUGAAAAUUUCGUUCUAGUAGGCUCUUUUGUGGCAUUCUUCAUCCCUCUAACCAUCAUGGUAGUCACUUACUUUUUAACUAUCAAGUCGCUGCAGAAGGAAGCUAUGCUAUGUGUGAAUGACAUUGGCCCUAAGACCAAGUUUACUUCAUUCAGCUUCCUCCCUCAGAGUUCCCUGUCCUCAGAGAAACUCUUUCAGCGCUCCUUGAACAGAGAUACGGGGACUUCAGGGAGGAGAACCAUGCAAUCCAUCAGCAAUGAGCAGAAGGCUUCCAAGGUCCUUGGCAUUGUCUUCUUUCUGUUUGUUGUGAUGUGGUGCCCGUUUUUCAUCACCAAUGUGAUGGCUGUUAUAUGCAAGGAGUCAUGCAAAGAAGAGGUCAUUGGAGGACUCCUUAACAUAUUUGUUUGGAUUGGCUACCUUUCCUCGGCUGUCAACCCACUCGUGUACACAUUGUUCAACAAAACCUACCGCUCAGCUUUCUCUCGCUACAUCCAGUGUCGCUACAAGGAGGAGAAGAAACCUUUCCAGCUGAUUUUAGUGAACACUAUCCCAGCACUUGCAUAUGACUCCAGACAGCUCCAGCUAGCACAAAUGAAGAGCUUGAAAAAAGAGGCAAAAAUGAUGGCCAAGGAUUACUCGGCGGUCACGAUAGGAACACAUAAUUUAGAUGGUACCUCCAAGGGAAGUACCGGCCCGGGGAACGAAAAUGUUAGUGGUGUGUGAUGGUCAGCAGCUGCCAUGACAACCACUCUGUGUGUGCUGAAAAUUCCACCUGCUGUGAGAAGCUCUGAUAGCUUAGGAAAAUCAGCUGUGUUCAAGAGACCUUCCAACAACAUCAUAUACUCCUCACAUUAUCCUGUGGAUGAAAAGCAGGGUUGAAGGGAUAUCAAAUGUGCAAUUUUUUUUCAUACAGUAUGUUGGCUGUUUUAAGCACAGGCUUUAUUAAACUUAUUUUUUUAAUAUUCUAAAUGAUAUAUUUCUUAAAGAAAAAAAAAUGUAAUUUCUGGUAUUAUAAUAUGGGCUGUGAAGAAACCUACGCAUUUCUUUUCUCUUUGCAAAUGAAAGCUAAGCUGUCCUUUGAUGUUCUUGCAGAGUAGGCUCCAGCUAGUUUGUCUUGCUACAAUUGAGUUUUGUUAUCAUUAACUGAAUGAGCACUUUACAGAAUUUUAAACAAAAUGAUGGUUCAUUUGCUAAUAUAUAUUUAAAAUAAAUCCUAAAGUAUUUAAAAAAAUCUAUUAAAACUGCUAUAGAUUAAUUAUAUGGACAUUUUGUUAACUGUUUUUAUGCUAUUUUUUCUUCCUCAGUAACCAUCCUGAAAUGUCCCUGGGUUUUUCUGUCAUUUGUUCUGUAUUUUAAAUAAGCAAUCUUAAAAGGUAAAUUAUACUUGAAUAAUCCUCUGUUUCCACCACCACUUAUAUUCUUUAUUUCAGGACUUGCAAUUUAUUUGUAUUCAAAAAUUUCACAAGUUCAGCUUAAAAAUUGAAAGUAAUAUUUUCAAAAUUAUUGGUCUUGAUUCACUGCUCCCUCCCACUGGUGUUGACAGGAAGUGAAGUGAGAGAACAGUGGAAAACCAGGCACAACAUUGCUAAAUAAUUUCAGCACCACUUCCAGAUUCAUGGCUCUGUUCAAUUCCAACAAAAUCUGAUUUAAGUAAUGUCAGAGGAAACUCUGCAUGAGUAAAGUCUUCAGUAAAAGGUUGAAGUAGAUUCUCUCUAAUCAUUUCUCUUUGGUUAAAAAAGGCCAUUAUGAAGAAUGUCCUGGUUUUGGUUUAGGACUUGUAAAGCCAGAAUUAUUAGAAAACUGUUAGUUGCUAAAAAUAUUUUUCCCUUGUUUGACUGUAUUGCUGUUAAGGCAGAUUGCUCAGGAAUGGUCAGAAGAUUGCACUACUAGGACUCAGCCUUAAUGAAAUAUGUAUGGGCAAAUGGGGCUCACUUGAAAAAUAACAAGACUGUAAACAACACUGCAUUUCACCUGCAUAGAGCCAAGGGCAGAAUACAUUGCUUGCCAGACAUGUCUAGUCAUGAAACUCUUUUCAUGACAUCAUAACUGAUGUCACUGAAGGCAGUGGGAUUUUGCUGAAGAGGACAAAUAUAAAUGCUGCACUCACAUGCAAAGUUUAAAUCCAGUAAUUUGAUUAAUUCCAUAAAUUUUGCAGCCAUAAUCUCAUCAGAACCAGGAUGUAUUCCAGUUUCUGUGGGAAAAAAUACUGCCCAUCCAGAAGAAAAUCUCCAAUGCCUUCAUCUGUCCUUCUAUUGAAGUUGUUCAGUUUUUACAGAGCAAUUAAAUUUCCACUAAGUCAAAGAAGGAGAGAGACACAGAGAGAAAGUGAACCCUUUUCUAGCUUACCAAGUCUUUGGAAGAAGAAGACCUUUAGCUUAAGAUACUGAUCUAUGGCAGACAAGGACUUAAAAGUUGGCUGGGUAUUUGACUGAUUUCCAAGAAACUGAUUUAUUGUCAUAUACGUGGUAAAACUAAAUCUACAAGUUUUAUGAAGCCUUUCCUCUGACAUGGGAUAGGUAGGAGCCACUGUGCACUGGUCACACAGAAGCUCUGCAUGCACACGAUGACACUGACUCACCCCACAGACCUCAGCCUCCAUGUCUGGGACAAAGUGUCAUGCUGUAUCCUUAUUUGCAGUGAUGAUGCCAUGCAUGUCACCUAUCACCUCACAGACAUUCAUGGGUUUCCCCCAAAACUGGUCAUUUAGGAUGAACUGAUAACUCAAGUGGAAUAAUUGCUGUGCUUACCAGGUGCUUUAUGUGCUCUCCCUAUCUCUGGGUACAUUUGACCAUCUCAGUCAAAUUGAACAGCUUCAGCAGAAGCAAAAAUGAACUCACUGCUCCCACCUCCCUAUGCACACAUCCUGCUCCUGCCCAGCACUGUGUGAGGAGUGUCACACUGGCAAAGAGAUUCCAGGGGGAAUCUAAAUGCAGCUGAGUAUGAGGACUACCAUAGCAGUAGCUGGGAGCAAUGACUUUCCACUCUUUCCUGUCAAGUUUGAUAUUGACCCUAAAUCUAGUACUUUGAGCUAAGUACAAUGCCCAUCUUAUAACCCACAGGCCAGAUGUCUCCACUCCACAACUGGGGUGAUGGUUUUGAGGAUCUGCCCUUGGAAACAGGUGUCUCAGGGAAUAAGGAGGCAGUAAUAAAAGCAAAGGUGUUUUGUGAGAAGAGUCUGAGGCUUUAGAUCUGUACCCAAACCACAUUGCCUUCAUAUGAUGAAUAUUGACAGGGGACCGAAGAUCUCUAAACCUGCAGGUGAAGGGAAAGGAAACAAAGAGGCUUCCACCAGGGGAGGGAAUCACCAUAUUUUUUGCCAUUUAGGUCUGACCUGAUGCAAGUUUCUCUGGCUUUGCAAUCAAAAGCAGUAGGAGGGACAGACAGCUUGGAUCUUAUUGCCCAUUUGUGCCAGGGAGCAGAGCCCACCUGCAUCCUGUAUGAUGUAUAUGGCACCCUGCCCUUCUCCAGAGCUCAAUUCCUCCCAAAUCUCCUGAGCACCCAGUUGCUGCUCUGCAGAGUCUCCUUCACCAGCUCGCAGCUAAUAAACUGUUACUGGACAUUUCACAUUCAAUGCUUCUGCUCUCCACUUACUGUCUGCAUUUUGCCCAUGUGGCAGAGCAGAUCAGCCCUCUGUUUCUCUUUCAUUUCACUUUCUGUUCCUUGUUCACAAUGUCAAAUUGCUCAGGUUGCAAAUACUGACAGGGAAUGUUUCACUACAAUCACAGAGCGUUUCAAUUACUGGCUUGAAGUUUCAUUACAAGGUGACUCUGAACAAUCAUUUUUUUCCCAGCUUAUUUUAAAAUGAAACCUAUGUUUUGGACAUAACAGACUUAACAGCAUUUCAUUAAUUGACAGCUGGAGAGAACAUAACACUGAGUUUUUGCUUAGAAGCAGGGAAAACUGAUGCCUGACAUUUUGAUUCUGUAGCACUCAGAUGGUUUUAUUGAGUGGUCAGCAGCUUUUGCCUAAGUAGCCUCUCAAGGCCAAGAAUGCACAGCAAAGACCAAUAUCUCCAGCUCUUUAUGGACAUUUUUGACUUAUAAAGGCCUGAUUCUGCCACCCUGCAUCAAAAUAUUAAUAGAUUUUUGUGCAGUUUGCCUUAGUGAGGAUGACAGAGUCAGGAUAUGAAUUUGUUCUAGCCACCAUGCCAAAUCUGCUACGGGUUGUUCAUCAGUAGAUAGCAAUUAAUGGACUCAUUGUACUGCAGACAGAUGACAAAAGUUCAGCUGUUUUAAGCUAGGAUUUACAGCACUUGGCCCAUGCUUGGAAUGAACACCAUGGUUUAAUAUGACCAGCUUCAGAGCAGCAUUUCCAUCUUCCAAAAAGCUGUGUUUUCAUUAUGCAUAAGAAUGGAAUGGAAUUUUUUAUAAUUUUUCAGGUUGAAAAAAAAAAAAAGAGAAGACAUUCAUACAGACUGGUUCAGAGGUUAGGGCCUUCCCCUACUUGACAGGAAAAGCAUGCUGAGUCAGUCUGUCAUAUCUGCAUCCAAAAAACCACUUCAUCUGAAAAAACUGCUCAGCAUCAAUUUUUCAAGUAGAUUGACAUUCUAUUACUUUUAAAACUGCAUCUGAAAAAUGUCCAAAGACAUGAAGCUCACCAUGUAUCUCCUAAGCUGGUGUGCAUCCUUUUUACACUUCAGGGUAAAAAUUCCUAUGUAUCUAUCCCAUCCAGUCAACCAUGCACUGUACUUAUGUAAUUAUUGCCAGACAGUGAGAUGCAUUCUAUUUUGAAUACCUAUAUGUUUGCUUAUGUAAAUACAUAGAGAAAAAAUUUAUUGUAUUUUGUAAUGUUAAUGUAAAAUGGUGUUUCAAUGCUUUACUGUUUUGUCUGAUCGCACUGCAAGUAAAGCAGAUUAAAAUAUUCAAAUGCAAUCAGUUGUUUUAUAAACUGGAGGUUUGUGUUAAAUAGCUAAUUUUGUUUGGUUUUAUUUCUCCCAUAAAUAUUCAGUGCAAUGUCUGCUGAAGGCUAAAGUAAUUUUAAAUGUUUUGCUGGAGAUAAAGAAAGAGCAUGUUGCAGACUAACUAUCUCAGUAAACU